AAGGAUCAGGCUGCAGCAACAUUUCCUCUAACAGUCACCAUGAAGCUUCAACAGGACCUUUCCGUUUGUGUGCUGCUCGCUCUUUGUUUGACAUGGAGUGUAAAUGGGGGUAAAAUUUUAGUGUGGCACACGGAGGCCAGCCACUGGAUUAACAUUAAGCCUGUGCUGGACACACUAGUCGACAGAGGACACCAGGUGACGGUCCUCAUACCAAGUGCAUCAUUGUUCAUGGACAGCAAGUCUUCAAGUUUUCAUUACGAACCCUUCAACGUGUCAGUCUCAAUGGAGGAGAUGGAGAAAUAUCUUGAUGACUACAUGUACUUUUCCAUGUAUGAAAUAGAUCAAAUGAACUACUUGCAGAUGUACAUCAAAUACAUGGAUUUGAUGAGGCAAGAACUGAAGUAUUCCUUGAAGUAUUUGGAUGGAAUUAUUAAAUCACAACCCAUCAUGAAGAAGCUGAAGGAAGAAAAGUAUGACCUUCUUUUGGCUGACCCCAUUUAUGCCGGCAGUGAAUUAUUAGCAGAUAUUUUGGGCACCCCUUUGGUUUUUACUUUGCGCUUUUCCUUGGUCAAUAACUGGGAGAGGCACUGUGGCCAGUUACCCGCUCCACCUUCUUUUGUCCCCGGUGAUAUGAGCAAACUAACCGACAAGAUGGAUUUCUCAGAGAGAGUGUGGAACACUUUAUUCUAUUUAAUUAAUGACCUGGCGAUAUAUGAUGUUAAUUGGAAAGAAUUAGAUAAAUAUUACUCCGAAUUCAAAGGGACACCCACCAGUGCCUGUGAGUUGAUGGGUAAAGCAGACAUCUGGUUGAUGCGAACCUACUGGGACUUUAAUUUCCCUCAUCCCAUCCUCCCUAACUUCAAAUAUGUUGGUGGAAUCCACUGCAAACCUGCUAAACCUUUGCCAGAGUACAUGGAAGAAUUUGUGCAGAGUUCAGGAGACGCUGGCAUCGUGAUCUUCACUUUGGGAUCUAUGAUCAAGAACAUCACCAAAGAGAAAGGAAACAUGAUUGCCUCGGCCCUUGCUCAGAUCCCACAAAAGGUGCUGUGGAGAUUCAAAGGAGAAAAACCAGAGACUCUGGGUGCCAACACUAGAAUAUAUGACUGGAUUCCUCAGAAUGACCUGCUGGGUCACCCCAAGGCCAGAGCUUUCAUCACUCAUGGCGGCACAAAUGGUAUUUAUGAGGCCAUCUACCACGGUGUUCCCAUGGUGGGCAUCCCCAUGUUUGCUGACCAGCCAACAAACAUGGUCCAUAUGAAGACUAAGGGAGCUGCACUCACUGUGGACUUAAACUUCAUGAAGACAGAGGACCUUAGAGAUGCCGUCAAUACUGUCAUCAAUGACGAAUCGUACAAGGAGAGUGCCAUGCGGCUGUCCAGGAUCCACCAUGACAGACCCAUAAGUCCUCGGGAUGAGGCAAUAUACUGGAUCGAGUUCACCAUGAGAAACAAGGGUGCCGCACAUCUGCGAGUCCAAGCCCAUGAGCUCACCUGGUACCAGUAUCACAGCCUGGAUGUCCUGGCCUUCCUCCUCACCAUUGUUCUGCUCACCACACUCCUCUUCAUCAAGGCCUGCAGUUUCUGCUUGGGGAAGUGCUGUGGCAGAAAAGGAAAGACAAAAACUGAGUAGUGGGUUAAAAACUAAAAUACUUGUCCUGUUGGUCUAUGUCCUAGGUUUACUGGUCUAUGGACCACUAAUUCAUAACUUAAUAAACAAGAAGUUGUUUCCAAUCGAGUUUGACAGCUUCUAUGUUGAAACUCUUUUGCUUUGAUGGUCAUUUGAAGCUGAAGAGGAGCAAGACUUUUGUUUGUUUCACUUGUUUAGUAAACAUUGAGUUGAGAAACAAUAAAACCUCGACAUUUCUCCGUUUGAUUAGAUUAUUCAUCUGUUGCCUCACAGAGUAAUUAGUGCAAUUGCUCACAGGUGUACACUACUUGUAACUGCACCUGAAGCUAAUUAAGACAUGAAAAUCUAGAUGCUCAUUGGCUGUUGUGGUUUUGAAAGGAAGACACAACAGUACAUUUCAUUCUGUGCCUUUACUUCAACAAUCAUGACCUGCUCACACUAUAGCAAACAUGAACAUGCAGGAUAUUGCAUUUUUAACACAAACCAAAUUAUAUGUAAUCAAACUUAAAAGAAAAAUAGCCUUCUCACAUAUGACAUCCAUCCUGUCAUGUAUGAACAGUGUGAGCAUUGUUGUAACAGAUGCAAAAACAAAUCACAGUGAUUAAGUGAGUUAAAUAGCUUCACACAUUUUAUCUACACUCAAAUAUAAUAUAAAGCACACGUUGCCCUGUAUAUGAAUAGUGCUUCUAGAAAUAAACUUGCCAUGCCCUAUGA